AUGGCGUCCAAUGCCUUAUCCUCUGCGAAUUUGCGACCUAUAUUAAAUCCUACCCUCGAGGCUUCUUGUCUUAACUUCUUCAAUAACAACAGUCAUUUGUUGGCCCCCUAUGUUAGACAAUUUCUGCUUGGCAAUCGCACCCGGCGGCCCGUUCAACCGUCACCGAGCCCUCAGCCAUUUCCCAAAGACCAAGACCCCACUAGCAAACCAGGUUGCGUCGAUGAACCUGGGGAACUGGUGUAUAGUGUUAUUGAAGGCGAGAAAGUUAUGGGUUUCAACGUUUGGGGUGAGGUAAGGCUCUGUCUGCCGCACUUAUUGCGUUUCGUUCUUAAUGAUAUGGACAUUGAUGAAAUCGGCCAGGCCAUCUCGAGGCUCAAGAUUGCGUGUACAAAAUGCUCCUCCAGACAGUUGGCUCUGCUUCAUAUGUGCAGUGCACUACCUGAUGAGGUGACCAGCUGCGGGCUUAUCAGGAAGAGUGACGCUGAGCGCAUGCUGAAGUACCUUCGCAGCAACAAACAGAGGCCAACCCUGGCUGAAGUGUGCUUGACCUCCAAUAACCAGCCAGAUGAGGCGGAGUCUCCUUCCAAACCAAAAACAAGUGACUGUUCCAUCAAGGAAGAGCUUCCUACUGGUCCUAAUGCCGAUUCUGGGGCAGUUACCGACUCUUCAUCUCCUAGGGAUCAGCAAUCUGGUUUCCUCGAAGAAUUUAUAGACGUACGACAUGACUGCUUCGGUCGACAGCGUGGCCGAAUUUACCCUCAUUUGUACACAUCUCCCUCGGCGCCAUGCAUUCUUUGCCACACUUGCGAUCAACUCUUCUCUCCUCCCGACUUUGUCGGACACACGCAUGCGGUCGCAGAACUCAACAGCUGUUGUCAUUGGGGAUUUGACUCUACAAACUGGCGUUCAUAUCUGCGUUUGGAUAUUCCCGCGGAAUCAAAAGAAAGUCACUUAAACAGAGGCGACGAUUUGCUUUCUACGUCCAUGAGGUCUGAAGAAUCAGAGGUUGGAGCUUAUCGGCUUCUAAAAGACUUCAAAAUCAAAUUCCUCAAGCCCUUAAGUUUUCCAGAUGAUAUCAUGAGCAAACUGGAGAAGAUCGGUACGCGUCCGGAACCUGUGUCCCGGCGUGAGUCUCAUAGUAACGAUAGUCCUCUCGACUGUAGAACCGCAAAAUCCUCUCCCGCUUUUUCUACCUUGGAUCGGCAAGGCAAGGGUGUAUCAACAAGUUCUUCCAGCCCCUCCGCUUCCGACGGUUGUCACGCCACUACCACAACCAUCGCGGCCACAACAACACCGUGUACUCCGUCACCACUUGAACUUCGUUUCUCUUCAAAUAUUGUUAUCCGCCGACUCUGGGCUCCGCAUGAGGGUCAGCUUCGGAUGCCUCAUCCACCAAAAUUGAUUUCCGACUGUCCUAAGGGUCCAAAGCCACCAAACCUAUCUUCUGAUCCACCAGUAUUGCUCGACCCCACCUGCGUCGUCACAAAGGAUUCUGCCCACCUUUAUGAUCGUGAUUUUAUUCCCAAUGUUUGCCUGAAGCCAAUUUCAACGGCUCAUCUUUCUAAAAGUUUAAACUGUGUUCCCUCAAAUGAUGACAUCCUAUUUGAGAAACGCCAGUCUGUGUCAACUGACAAUAUCCGUCUGCCUAAACCUAUUUCCCUGGCUGAUUCCGAUUGGCAUCAGUCCCGAAGAACGUCGGCCUCUGCAACAAAGCACGGCGUCCUCAUACGGGGUGAGGUGUCAAACUCCAGUCCCAGGUUGGACUUUAUGGAUUCAUCACCUGCCCGCUCUCGCCAUUUUAGUUUCGCCCAGGAUCUCCCCUUUUCCACGGCUCACACCUCCCAAGCCGCCAGUACGAGACCUUCCCCCUCUCUGGCUAGUAUGCCG